GUGUUUGUGUCAAGCAGAGGCGCUGUGUCUGUUUUAUCAUCUCCCAUAAGCGGAUAAUUGUUUUUGUUAUUAUUUUUUUCCUUUACAAAGUCAAACAUUGCCGAUUGUCAUUAAUUUGACAGCUUAUAUUUUGAUUAACAGAAAAAAACAAAAAGAUUCUAACAUUAAUGAAAUGUGUGUAAAUAAUUAAAGUGCAGGAAAAAAUUAUAAAACUUCUCGCCAUAAUUUUCCAUUGAAAUCUUUAAUAAGAAAAAUGAAUCCGAUUAACGAUGAAAUGCCUACAAAAGAUGGUAAUCCCACAGAUGCCCAAAAAGAAAUAGACUCGGAAAAAACUACAGAAUUAUUCAAUAAUACAAAUGAAAUUUCCGAGGAAAUAAAAACAAUUGAAAAAAUUACUUCUACAGAUAAUACAACAAGUACAGAACAGAAUGAAAAUGAAGCAAAAAUAAAGGAAGUAGAAAAAACACAAAUCGAAGAGCAUGUGAAUAUGCCCGAUGAUGAAAAAAAGAUUGACGAUCACGAUGAAAAGAAAAUUGUGGACGAAAUAAAAACAAAACCUGAUGAUGGAAACACAAAUAAAUUGGAUGAAAAUGAUUCUAAACUAAAUUUAGAUGAAGUAAAUAAAGACCAAAAUAGGCAUCCCGAACCGGUUGUUGAACAACAAACAGAAUCAUUAUUAAAAAAUGAUGAUGAGACGAAAACAGUUGACGGCGCAACAAACAUUUUAAAAGAAAACGAAAAUAAUAAAACAAAUAGCGUAAUGGUAGCAAAUGAUGAAGAAGAGGAAAUUGAAGAAUAUGAAGAUGUCGAAGAUGUUGAAAUACCCGGCGAUGGAGAUGUUGAUGAAAUAAUUGUACCCGAUGAAGCCGAAGCUGAAGAUUUGACUGACGAUAAAGAUGAUAAUAUCCUUGACAAGUCCCUUAAUGAAGAUGAGGAAGAAGAUAUAACAAAAGACAGUGAGACGGAAGAUAAUGACCUGGACACAUCUCCACACGAGGAAGAAACGACCAAAAGCAGUGAAGCCGUUGAAAAAGAUGAAAAUGAGUUAUCUACAGCCGAGGAAGAAAGUGACAAAAAAUCACUAAAUAAUGAUCAACAAGAUGAUACAUGUUCGAAAGACUACGAAGAAGAAAGAGAUAUUGAAAAUGUACCAAUCGAGCCGGAAUUGGUUGCUAUAGAAGAAGGUAUCAAAAAUACUGAAGAAACCAAUACAAAUGAUGAACAACUUAAUGAAGAUACAAGCAGCCAAACAACCCUUUAUGAUCCCUUGAAUUAUACAGUUAAUUUGGAACAAGACGACGAAGAUACCGACAUUGUUAAGGCUGUUGAAAAUGAAAACUCGUUGGAAAAUAAUGCUGAAGUCGAUAAGGCUGCCAACGAUGAUGACGAUGACGAAGUACAAUUUAUUGAAACACGUAAUUCUCCAAUUUGCAUAGAAUCAGACGACGAUGAUGCUAAUUCUAAAGAUACCACUGAGACUUCUUAUAGUUCGAACAUUAUCAGGACUGAUAAUAACAAACAAACUAUUAGUACGCCGACUGCAACAGUAACUGUACCAAAAAAUAUUAUUGUAACACGUACAAGUGCUAGAAAGUCAACAGCCAAACCUCCACAACCACCACAACAAAGUCCAGGCAACAACAGUCCAUUGUCACAAGCAAGAAAUAAACCUAAAAACUUUAGUUAUUUGCAAAAAGCCACCAAUUACAAGCGAUCUUCGGCAGCUCCAUCAACACAACACAUAGUCGAUUGCAUUGAACUAUUGGAUAGCUCUGAUGAAGAGUCGGCAUCAUCGCGUAAACCACAGCCAAAAACUCCUCAAAAACGUACUCUAUUGGCAGCCAAAGGAAAUUAUUAUAAAACUAACAGCAAGACUACAAAUCCGGGCAGUAAUCGUCUACCCAACAAUUUUGCACCACAUGUAAGACAACAGGCUAAAAAGCCUGCUCCUCCACCUCUACCACCUCCAACGCCCCAAUCAAAUUUUUUGAAUGCCGUUCAACUUCAACCAGCUUCAGUAUCGGGUCCCAAUCCUCCAGCUUUCUCUGCUUUACUCUCUAAUAAAAAUGUUAUUAUACCAAAUGCUUUUUACGGCAACCCACCCAACGUUAGAGGCACAGCUGACACAGAUCUAGAUCGACGUUAUUGUAGAUGGUUGGAAAAUUUUCUAAAUCAAUUUUGUAAACCUCAAUUUGUGGCCACACAUUCCUGCUUCGUGUUCUUACAAAGAGCUCUAAAGUACAAGGAUUUCGUUCGCAUAAAAACCUUACGCACCAACAUGAAUAGUCAUUCCCAAAACGCCAGUAAUCAAAUUAAUGGCCAAUUGAUGACAGAUCUAAGGACGAUAUUUUUGAAAAACGUUAAGAAAUUAACUAAUUAUGGGCGUCGUUUCUGUGAGUUGACAUGUUCUUCGGCACAUGGAAAAACUGUAGCACUUAUGGCCCAUGCCAUCAGUGGAAAAGUUACCUUAAAAACUUGCAAUUUUGAUACACUCAAAACAGGAAAUGCUGCUGUUACUUCCGCACCAUCGUCUUCUAAUGCCAAUGCAACUACUUUAACGCGAAAGCGGCAACUUGAAGAGGAUGAGGACGAGUAUACACCCGACAAAUCGAAACUUAAAACAAAAGCCAUGUCUGCUUCCGAGAAUGGUGAUGAAGAUAGCGGCGAAACAGGCGAUGAUCGUAAACGAUCUUUGCGUACAAAGCGCACAAAGCGUUUAGACAACAGUUUUAGUUAUAAUGAAGAUGACUUAUUGGCUGAGUAUGAAAUUGACGAUGAGGACGAUCAAAAAUUGGCCCAAAUAGAGAUACAACGCAAAAUAGAACAAAAACGUUUGGAGGCCCAAAAGCAAAGGCAGCAACAGGCCAAAUCAUUUGAAAGUGCAUUUAUACAGGCUUUCGCCAAAAGUAUAGAUGGACCUACAACAUCAACAAACUCCACAAAAAAUUCUUCAACGCAACGUUUACGAUUUAAAAAUACAGCAACAGCGACAGCUACUAGUAUAAGACAGUAUACGGCCAACAAUGAUGCCGAAGAUCUACUGCAGGCAACGUGGAUUGAAAAUCUGGAAAACGACGAUACUCAGGUUAUAUCCGACGAUGAUGAGCCCAAGGAACAUCGUAUUUAUAAGCAACAGAAGCAAAAACAACAACAAUUACAGCAACAGCAGGAGUAUUAUACACCAACAUCUAAGUUACCUACCAGACACAGCACCAACCCCAGUCCCAGAAAUAGCAGCAGGACAUCAAGCCGAAACCAACAGGAAGAAAUAAUUACAGGCGAUGAUGACUAUGAAGAGAACAAUUACUUUUCAAACAGUCCCUCAAACAUUGACCCACUUUAUUGGCCCAAAAACGUCGAUCCACAAAUGCAUGUCCACGGCAAACAUAAAGAUAGAUGUGUCAUUUGCAAUCUUAGCUGUCAGCGUCUGGUACAUCACUACGUAAAUGAACACCGAGGCUGCGAAGUCUAUAACUCGCGUUUAUCUUCAUCACAGCUAAAAUUACUUAAACAGGGCAAUUGCACUGCUUCCAAUGUCAGUCUCUACAAAAACGGCCAGUUCCAGUACGAAGCAUUCUGUAUAUUUUGCCAGAAACAGUCACGUUUUAUGUUGCCCUAUUGGUAUCAACAUUUUACCAUGCAUACAGGGGAAUAUGCUUAUCGCUGUUCAGGUUGUGGUAUACGCAAACCAACUCGUUCUCUACUCAACCAACAUCAAACACAAGGAUGUCCCGAUGCUGGCGGCAUUAUACAAGAUUAUGCACAUGAUUCGAAAUCGAUGCAAAUUGAGGCCAGGAUAUGUACCCUAUGCAAUUAUGUACAAAUGCAUCGUACUAACAUCGUUAAGCAUUUACAUCUACAGCAUAAUAUCAAACAGAUUCUACCGAAACAUAUACAAACAAUAGUGCUCAUGAAGACACAAGCAACAUUGUCGCCAGCAACGUCAAUGCCAUCACCAUCCUCCUCCUCAAGUCAUCAUAACAAACAUUUGUAUAAUGCCCCUCAAUCAUAUGGUCGGCCGCAAGCCUCAUAUAGUCAAAACACAUACAUUAUAGAUGACGAUGACAAUGAUGUGACCUACGAAGAAAUCACACCAGAAGACCCAACGCCAACAAAUUCCGAAAACCAUUAUUACAACUAUAUACCGCCAUACAUGCAAGCAGCCGUAAAUUCUGGUAACUUUUCAUUCGAAGAUGUCGAUGCCGGCGAAGAUUUAUCAUUUAUGAUUUGUGGAAUGUUAGAUGUACAAAUGAAUCCCGAGUAAAACUAAAUAAUUUUGAUCAAAGUUGAAGUAAUAGUUUAAAACAAUCACAACUACACAACAGCAACAUACAAAAGUGACUUUAUCAAAUUAAUUCCUAAGAGUUCAUGUAGUUUUAUACAUUUUCCUCUAGCAAUGUAAUUUAUAUCUUCUAAUUAAUUUUAAAGAUUGAAAAGAAAAAUAUUGUUAUAUAAAAACAUAACAAACAACAUCAAUUAAUUAUAUACAUAAUUAUAGAAUAAAAUAUAUACAUAAUACAACAAACAAUACUAAAUGUGUUGACAUAAUGGGAAGGUAGAGUUAUCUGUCGAAGAAUGAAUAUGGAGUAUUUUUUUAAGUUUAUCAUUAAAUAAAAAAUAGUUUAACAUACUGUUAGAAUUAAAUUAACAAAUAAUAAUAAUAAUAACUAUUAUU